AUGGUGAUAGCACUAGUACUUAUCGGUAUUUCCAUGUUCAAUCUUACAGUGACCAGUUUACAAGCUGAUGAUUUUUACGUCCAUGGCUUGCCUCUUUUACCUACAAAGGCUUCUUCAAUCCGUAUGCAUGCCGGACAAAUACCUAUUAGUCCGAAAUAUGACGCAGCCCUAUUUUUCUGGCACUUUGCAAGCAAAAACCUUGCUGACAGAUCGAAAACAGUAAUUUGGCUCAAUGGAGGUCCUGGUUGUAGUAGUCUGAUUGGCGCUUGGUUAGGAAUUGGUCCAUUUCGCUUUCAGGGCAAAGAUACAAUAAUUGAAAAUGAUGGAUCUUGGCAUAUGUCUGCCAAUGUUUUGUUUGUUGACCAACCUGUUGGCACUGGCUUUUCUUAUACCGUUAAUAACUCAUUUAUUAGUGAUCUCGAUGAAAUGGCAAAUCAGUUUCUCAGUUUUCUCGAUCGAUACGUUGACGUUUUCCCAGAAUUACUUGACGAUGAUAUUUAUUUAGCUGGUGAAUCUUUUGCUGGUCAAUAUAUUCCUUAUAUUGCAAAAGACAUUCUAAUAAAGCGAUCUAUGUUGAAAUUACGUGGUCUUUUGAUUGGUAAUGGUUGGAUAGAUCCUGUGACUCAUUAUGAAUUUUAUUUACCUUUUGCAGUCGCAAAAAAUUUAGUGAAAGUUAAUUCUACUUUCUACAAUAAUAUUGCUAACGAUAGCGAAAAAUGUCAGCAGGCGUUAUCGAAUAAAGUUCUUGUUUUAGAAGAAACAUGUUCUUCAAUCCUGUAUGGAAUAGUAGAAUGCAGUAUGCUUACUCAAAGUGCAAUGAACAAAAAAUACAGAUGUGUCAAUGUCUAUGACGUGCGAUUAUAUGAUACAUGGCCUGCUUGUGGUAGGAAUUGGCCACCGGAAAUGGAAUAUAUCACGCUUUAUUUACAUCGAAAAGAUGUUAGGUCACGUAUACAUGUUGAUCGUAAUACAUCAGAAUGGGAAAUGUGUGUGGAUUCUGUUACGAGAACACUUGCUAAAACUGAGUCUGAACCAUCCAUUAAAUUUUUACCUGAUUUACUUCAGCAAGUUCCACUCCUACUUUAUAGUAGUGAAUAUGACUUGAUUUGCAAUCACUGGGGAAUGGAGAAAAUGAUGGAUAAUAUUACUUGGAACAAUAGAACUGGAUUUGACCUUGGAAAUGGUACUUUAGCUCCAUUAGAUCCCUGGUUUGCAGAUGAUGAUGAACCUGUCGGUCUUAUUCGAACGGCGCGUAAUUUAAGUUAUAUUUUAUUUUAUAAAGCCGGCCAUGUGGUCGCAUAUGAUUAUCCCCGUCGAUCGCUUGCUAUGCUAAAUCAAUUCAUGCAACUAAAGUUAUAUUCUAAUGCCUAUCAAGCAAGAAAACGAAACACAUUCAGAAAGAUGAUUACGAGCAUACGUGGUGCGUACAAGAGCAUUUAUUUCAUCGCAUUUGUUUCAUUUUUGAUCAUUAUUACUCUUACUGGAAUGGCUUGUUUUGUUAUACGAAAACAAAGACAUAUUAGAAUGCGCGUACCGUUUAUUAAGCCUCGUGUGUUGGAGUCACAAAAUCUUGAUGUCAGCCUACAGCAAAUGUUAGUAUAUUCUCCCGUCGGGGAGGCGCAAGAAAAUAUGUGA